AUGCCUGGCGUUUGGAUUUACCCAGUUCUCGCCCUCUUGGGCUUGGCGAUAUACCGUAUCCUUCAGAUUGGUAGCAGACCAAAGGACUUCCCCCCUGGACCGCCGACCCUCCCGAUAAUAGGUAACCUACACUUGAUGCCCAAGGAGAAUGGACAUGUUCAGUUCAAGAAAUGGGCCGAAGAAUACGGACCGGUUUACUCACUCAUGCUGGGACCUAAUGUCAUGAUCGUCUUCUCUUCGGAUCAGGCUGUUAAAGACACGUUCGAUAAGAAGAGCUCUAUCUACUCAUCUCGCCCCGAGGUCUACAUUGCUCGAAUGGUCGGCGGCUCACACAAGGUCGAUGGCGGCUACCGUGUUCUGAACAUGCCAUAUGGCGACCGAUGGAGGAUGGCCCAUCGUGUCUACCACAGUAUUCUCAACAUCAAGGCUGCCAAGAGCUUCGUUCCUUAUCAAGACCUCGAGAACAAGCAGAUGCUUCAAGGUUUUCUAGACAAGCCAGAUUCAUUCGUUGAUCACCUGAAACGAUAUUCCUUUUCUUUGACUACCCAGAUGAUCUACGGUUUCCGAACACCUACUUUGGACGACUGGAGACUCAAGUCCCUAUUUCACAAUCUUCAUCAGUUCUCCAAGGCCAUGGGCACUGCUUCCGCUAUGAUCUUAGACAUGUUUCCCCCUCUGCGAGCCUUGCCGGAUUCUCUCCUCUCCAGCCGAGCUCACGCCAAGAAGCUCCACGAUGUCGAGUUGAAGUUCCACAAGGGUAAUUGGAUGGAAGUGAAGAAAAAGCUCAAGGCCGGUACUGCUAAGCCCUCUCUCUGUGUCGACUUGAUCAAGGCUCAGGAUGCGGAAGGCUUCUCUGACGAACAGGCCGGCUACAUCGCCGGAAACCUCCUGGAAGCCGGCGCCGACACGACAGCGGCCCAGUUGACUGGUUUCGUUCAAGCUAUGUUGCUGUUCCCUGAGGUACAAAAGAAGGCUCAAGAAGAACUCGACCGUGUCUGUGGCUCUCGAUUCCCCACAAUGGACGACUGGGAUGACCUGCCCUACAUCCGCGCUUGCGUUAAGGAGACCAACCGAUGGAUGCCAACAGCCAUUCUAGGUAUUGCACACUCUAACAACAAGGAAGACGUAUAUAUGGGUUACAGGAUUCCCAAGGACUCGAUGUGUGUAGUCAACGUCUGGGCUAUCCACAUGGAUCCCAAGCGCCACCCCAACCCAUCUGUGUUUGACCCUGAGCGAUACAUCGACGACCACACCACCUCUCAGGAAUCUUCGCAACAGAGGGAUGUAUCAAAGCGCGAUAACUUCCUAUUCGGUGUUGGCCGGCGUAUCUGCCAGGGCAUGCACAUUGCCGACCGUUCCAUGUUCCUCGCCAUCUCACGUCUGCUCUGGGCGUUCCGCAUGGAGGCCCCUCUGGACAAGGACGGGAAGCCCAUCAUUCCCGACCCAACUAAACUGAUCCCUGGCAUGUUGGUGCAACCCGAGCCGUUCCGGGCCGCCAUCAACCCCCGCACACAGAAGCACGCCGAGGUCAUCCGCAGCGAGUGGGCCGAUGCCUUCAAGCUCCUCGACAACGAGGAACAGUGGAAGGAGAUCCCCAAGGGCAUGCCUCUAUCGACAUACGAGCCUGUGGCCGUUGGGGACCUCGAGAAGUAA